GCUCUGGACUCUGGACUCUGGACUCUGGAGACCCCCACUAUUCAUCUAGCUCAAGCGGCAGUACAAGUACUUUGGCUUCUUUUCACGUAUAUCUAAUCCCCAAAAACCCCAAAUAGCCUGACAUCAACUCUUAUGGUCUCUGAGUAAUGGCAUCAGCUAUUCUAACGAGGACUCGUUUAGGUCAUUGCCUGAUUCACUCAUCCUACUCUGUCACUCACAAGCCCCGACUUUUGACUUCUUACUUCACCAAUAGAUCAUUUCACUUUCAAGCUACUCCCACCCUUACAGCUUAUAAAACGCCACUUCGGAUUCCUUUCGUUAUGGCUUCCUCAAUGGUUGGCAGAAGAACUAAUUUUUCAACUCGAACAUUAUCUGCAAAUGAGCCUGUUGUUUCCGCUGAUUGGCUCCAUGCUAAUCUCAAGGAGCCUGAUCUCAAGGUAUCUGCUUAUUUUUCUUGA